UUUGCCACAAGCUAUCUUAUUUAAGCUAUGAACUUCGCUGGCAGACAGAGGCAAGCUGACCUUGGUUGAAUCCUUUGUAUUUUCAAGUCACUGGACACAAUAUUUCUUUACGUCCUGGAACAUUUCUUCCGAAACAAUAUGGCUUUUACCGUCGGCAUUGCGGGUAUCACAGGCAAGUUUGCACGUCUUGUCGUCAAGGAUCUCCUCCAGAACUACCCAGAAGUCCGCAUCCGGGGUUUUUGCCGCAAUGCCUCUAAGCUACCCGGCCAUCUUCGGGAGUCCAACCGCAUCACCACGAUUCAGGGUGACUCCCUGAGCUUGGAAGAUGCUCGACGAUUCGUGCGUGGGUGUGAGGUGGUCAUCUGCUGCUACCUAGGCGACAAUCAGUUCAUGACCGACGGGCAAAAAGUGCUGGUGGACGCGUGCGAGCAGGAGGGGGUCACUCGCUAUCUAGCUAGUGACUACUGCCUAGACUUCACGAAACUGGAGCUUGGCCAACAUCCGGCGAAGGACCCGAUGAAGCUCGUCAAGGCUCAUCUGGACACCAAGGCCACUGUUCAAGGGGUCCAUGUACUGAUUGGGGCCUUCAUGGAGACCUUCUGGAGCGGGUACUUCGGCGUGUUCGAUCCCGCAGAGACAACCUUCUCGUACUGGGGCGAAGGCGAUGAGGUUUGGGAGUCAACAACCUAUGGCACCGCCGCAGAAUUCGUGGCGGCUGUUGCGACAGACCAGAAUGCCGUCGGCCUGCAGCACUUUGUCGGCGACAGGAAGAACAUCCACCAGAUCGCUCACGAGUUCGCUGAAGUCUACGGCAAGAGACCCCGGUUGGUGCGACUCGGGUCCAAAGAUGACCUGUAUCAAAAGAUGCACUCAAUCUAUGACAAGAAUCCUUCGGACGUUUAUGCAUACCUAGCCCUGUUCUACCAGUAUUACUGUACCAACGGACAAACCUAUCUCAAGCCAGAGUUGGAUAAUUCCAAGUACCCCAUGGUGCAACCAGUAACGUUCAAGCAGUUUAUGCAGUCCCACACGAUCGAGGAGUUGAGUGGAUCUUACCAGAAUGCGGGAUCGAACGUUUAAAUGAACAUUGGAUGGAGGAAUCUUAUAUUUGGCUAGCAAAUGUGAAAUUAAGUUCAUGUUACACUAGGUGACGGUAGUACACCAGAAAGCAAAUCACUCAUUAAGAUUUUACAAAAGGCGAGAGGAAGGAUCAGUAUGAUAAGAUGUGAGGCCUAUCAACAUGCAAGCUUGAUAAAUGAACCGAGACGUCUCGAACAAGUGGUGUACCUACCAUGAAAGCGUUGGAUUGAAAGCAUAUAGCCUAUGAUAAAC